CACGGCAAUUCCCUAGGGUCCCGCUGCUUAGCAGGGAAGGUGAGGCUCCGGUUGCUGCCCCGAGGGACGCGGCAAGGACCGCGCAGCAUGCAGCCGGUGGGCGGCUUCGCAUUCGCCACACUGUCACCGCCGAUUUCGCUGCUGGAUCGGGACCGGAGGUCGGCGUGCUGGCUGCAUCAACGGUGUGCAAGCGAUGGAUCGGGGGUUCCUCUCCGGCUUCCUCGCAGAUGGACCCGGAAUUCACCCAGCUAGAGCAGAACGGCUUCAUGAACCCUCUUCCCGUCCCCGUCCGAAGCCUCUCCGCGCUGUCCGCUUUGGACGCCCGCUUACGGCCACGGUGGCGAACCAUCAUGGCGGUCGGCCUCUUCGUGCUGGCAGUCCUGCUGUAUUCACACAGGACGGCAGAGGACAGCAGCGCCACUGGUGACCGCUUCCCUCAGCACGUCCUGGGUGGCCUCCGCCCACGUUCCGGAUGGCAUGGUGUGGCAGCAGCGGAACUAUUCUCCGGACGGUAUAACUACACGUACCCGCUGAGCCCGCCGGAGCGGACGGCACACGGCACCCGCUAUCGCAUCGCCGUCAUCGCCGACCUGGACACAGCCUCUCGCAGCUCCAAGGAGCUCACCUGGUUCAGUUACCUACGCCGGGGCCACCUGCUGGUGUCAGAUGGUAGGGACCAAGUGACUGUGGAGUGGGACCCCAACCGGGUGGUGCUCGAGAGUCACCUGGCGGAAAAGGGGCGGGGCAUGGAGCUCUCCGACCUGGUGGCCUUUAAUGGGAAGCUGUACAGCGUGGAUGACCGCACGGGCGUGGUCUACCACAUCGAGGGCAACCGGGCUGUACCCUGGGUUAUCCUGGCUGACGGAGACGGUUCAGUUGCCAAAGGAUUCAAGGCAGAGUGGCUGGCCGUGAAGGACGAGCGUCUGUACGUGGGCGGUCUGGGGAAGGAGUGGACCACAACCACGGGGGAGGUAGUCAACGACCACCCAGAGUGGGUGAAGGUGGUGGGUAUCCGUGGCGACGUGGAGCACCAGAACUGGGUGCCUCGGUACAGCGCCAUGCGGAAUGCCGCUGGCAUCAGACCCCCAGGUUACCUCAUCCACGAAUCAGCAGCGUGGAGCGACCUGCUCCAGCGCUGGUUCUUCCUGCCGCGCCGGGCCAGCGCCAAGACGUACAACGAGGCAGCCGACGAGCGCCGCGGGACCAACCUGGUGCUGAGCUGCUCGCCGGACUUCCGGGACAUCUCUGCGGACCGCGUCGGCCCUCUGCUGCCCACACACGGCUUCUCCUCAUUCAAGUUCGUCCCCGGCACCAACGACCAGCUUGUGCUGGCGCUGAAGUCCGAGGAGGAUGCCGGGGAAGUCGGCAGCUACAUCACAGCCUUUACUCUGGACGGCCGCAUCCUGCUACCGGAGACCAAGAUCGGAAACGUCAAAUAUGAGGGACUAGAGUUCAUCUAGUGAGGAGUCAACCAAUGAUGCGCCACCAGACCAUGAAUAUUAGGCCUUUUCCAGUGACCCCACAACAAGCACCAAAAAAAAAUAAAACUAAUGGAGGGCGUGGCUUAUGUGGUGUAGGUGUGGCCUAGCUGAGUCAUGUGACUCCUCAGGCAUUCAUAUAAUGUUGAGUUUUUAAUCCAACUAUGCACCAAUUGUUCACCUUCUCAGCUGAUUAAAUGCCUUGAUGUUAAAACAGCCAAGUGACAAAUGCACACUGUAUACAAAGACAGGCUACGUGGUGCCUGUGUUAGAAAAAGGAUCAAAGCUGUACGUGUGUAUCUAAGUCACUUGUAGCCACCUGUAUCAGGGCCAACCAGACACAUGUUCUUUGUACUGUCUCUGGGCCGUAUUUAUAACAUUGCUGUGUUCAUUUUUUAUCUCCUAUUAAUUGACUGUAAUUUUAAUUUUUAAAAAACCUUAAUAUUUUUCUUGAUUUUCUUAU